AAGCCAUACGCUUCGCGCGCACGUUGAACACCUCUCCCUCCUUUUUUGAAUUUUCUAAAGUCAACCCCGUUCAACGCUUUGCUUAUAUAUACUCUUCUUUCCGAUCGAAAACCACGAGACCCAGCAUCUCUUGUUCUUCUUCAUCCAUCUGCAAGCUCACCACGACAGAUUCUAGAAGCUUCUAUUGGUCGUCAUGGGCAACGGUCUCUCCCCGUGCAUGCACUUGCCGGCGACGGCGGCGGUGUCGGUGAAGCUGGUGUAUUGGGGCGGGCAGACGAGGCUGCUGGCCGACGACGACGGCGGCGUGUGCACGGUGGCGGGGGACGUCACGGCGGAGCUUCCGGGUGACCACGUCGUCUGCGCGGCCGACUCCUUCUACGUCGGGCUUCCUAUACCGGUCAUGUCCUCCGGCGAGGAGCUGAUGGCGGGGCGGACAUACUUCGUGCUCCCCGCCGAGCGCUUCGCCUCCUUCAAGGUGCUCACCGCCGCGGUGCUCGCGUCGCUGUCGCCGGUGCCGUCGAAGAAGGUGUCCAUCGCCGGGCCGGGGAAGUGCCCGUUCGAGUACGUCAAGGGCGAGGGCGGCGCCGCGCUCAUCAGGGUCCUGCCGGAGUUCAUCGAGAAGGUGAUCAGCUGCGACGACAACAGCGGCGGUGCCCGGCGCGGGAUGAGCACUAACAAGUGCCGCGGCGUCGCGGCGCCGUUGACGGCGACGAGGGAACUGUGCAGCACGCCGGAGCUGAAGCGGCAUUACGCGAUGCUGGUGGGCCGGAGGAACCAGCCGUGGUCGCCGAGGCUGGAGACGAUCGCCGAGUGCAACAAGACUAGCAAGCUGCUGCGGACGCCGGCGAGGCUCUUGUCUUCGCGAUAGCGGCGGCGGCGCGUCGAAGACGACCACCGCCACACAUUAGUUGUAGGAUUCUAGCUGUGCAGAUACAUAGAUUCCACUCAACCAUGUACAGUCAUUGGUUGAAUGGAGAUUGAGAUAAAGACGCAACGAUGAACUAGUUAGGUAGGUGAAACUGCGAUAUAGAGAACGAACAAAUUAAAUGCAGUACACAGUCACACAGAUGCAAUUUCUUUAAAGAAAUUGGAGUUCAUUUUGGUAUAUCUUUAUUUCACAUAAGCUAUAAGCCAAUUAUUACAUAAACAGAUGGACUCUAGGAUAAACGAUGUAAAUAACUUAUUAAACCUACAUCUGUGGUACAACAAAAUGGAUGUAGCUCUCUAACAUAAAGCUAAGGGGAUAUUGUCGCUGAUAUGUGACCCAUUAUUCAUGGGUCCACAUGUGAAUCUACAAAAUCAGUCAUUCAUUAUUGUAUCGAUGAAAUUUCGCUCGAAUCAUCGUAGAUGAUAUAACAUAUUUAUUAAUAUAUGAAUGAAUCUAAAUAAAACUAAAACAUAAUGUAAUAUAAAAUUGAUGGAGUAAAUCUCAUAACACACCGAGAGUCGCUCAUUAAUGUACAACAGCUAGAGCAGAUAGUAUAUAUAUCACAAGAAUUCAUAUGGAGCACACUACUUAUAUAUCAUUAAUAAUUAACAUAUUGUUAUCUAAUUAACACUGCUUUUAUACGAUCAUUUUUUACCUAGAUUUGGCCCUUAAUUAAUUCAGGGUUAUCAUAGGCACGAGGUGUGUACUACUAGACUACUAGUCAACUAUUGUUUUUAAGAGCAAAUAUAAUAGCAGGCUAUAAACUGGCUAUAUGCUUAUGUGAAG